AUGAAGAAGAAACAAAACCAGAUCACGUUUGGCUUCUGCGACGUCAACACUGGACAAAGAGUCUAUCCGGCCUUGACCGACUUGCCCGACAAGCUUCCUCCUGCUCAACAACUUUACACCGACAACAAGAUGUAUGCCGCUAUCACCUGCUCACCGCCAAUUGGGCAAUCCACAACCGUCUCUAGAGAUCAGGAUGCUGUACAGACCCUCAAUCAUCAUAAAUAG